GAGAGAGAGAGAGAGAGAGAGAAGCGUAUUAGUGAACAGCUACUGUGGCAUUGAUGUUUGAGCGCACUUCUGAACUGGCUUUUGUUGAGAGUAUCGGUGUAGAAAGCAUGCGCUGUCCCAAAUCCGCUGUUACUAUGAGAAAUGAGGAGCUGCUUUUAAGCCGAAAUAGCUCCUUCUUCUGUUCAUUUGCACAAGGAACCCCCCAUUCCAGUAACGGUACAGCUAACAAGAUGAACGGCGCUUUGGAUCAUUCAGACCAACCAGACCCAGAUGCCAUUAAGAUGUUUGUCGGACAGAUUCCUCGGUCGUGGUCUGAGAAGGAGCUAAAAGAACUUUUUGAGCCUUACGGAGCUGUCUAUCAAAUUAAUGUCCUCCGAGACCGGAGUCAGAACCCUCCCCAAAGUAAAGGUUGUUGUUUCGUAACAUUUUAUACAAGAAAAGCUGCACUUGAGGCUCAGAAUGCACUGCACAAUAUUAAAACCUUACCUGGGAUGCAUCAUCCCAUUCAGAUGAAACCUGCAGAUAGUGAAAAGUCAAAUGCUGUGGAAGACAGAAAAUUGUUCAUAGGAAUGGUUUCGAAGAAGUGUAAUGAGAAUGAUAUCAGGGUGAUGUUUUCUCCAUUUGGCCAGAUAGAAGAAUGUCGAAUCCUCCGAGGACCUGAUGGGCUGAGUCGAGGCUGUGCGUUUGUCACAUUUUCUACAAGGGCAAUGGCACAGAAUGCAAUCAAAGCCAUGCAUCAGUCUCAGACCAUGGAGGGCUGUUCUUCACCUAUUGUGGUGAAGUUUGCUGACACCCAGAAAGACAAAGAACAAAGGCGGCUCCAACAGCAGUUGGCACAGCAGAUGCAACAGCUCAAUACUGCCACUUGGGGGAACCUGACAGGCCUGGGUGGACUCACCCCACAGUACCUGGCGCUUCUGCAACAGGCAACCUCCUCCAGUAACCUGGGUGCAUUCAGUGGCAUUCAGCAAAUGGCUGGCAUGAACGCUUUACAGUUACAGAAUCUGGCAACAUUAGCUGCCGCUGCGGCUGCUGCCCAAACCUCAGCUACCACCACCAAUGCAAACCCUCUCUCCACAACAAGUAGUGCCCUGGGAGCCCUCACGAGUCCUGUGGCUGCUUCAACUCCCAAUUCCACUGCUGGUGCAGCCAUGAAUUCCUUGACCUCUCUGGGGACUCUGCAAGGAUUGGCUGGAGCCACCGUUGGACUGAAUAAUAUUAAUGCACUAGCAGGUACCAUAAACAUGUCCUCACGAUCCUUCUGGCUGCCUAAAGUUGCUCAAAUGCUCUCAGGUAUGGCGGCUCUGAAUGGAGGACUUGGCGCCACGGGCUUGACGAAUGGUACGGCUGGCACGAUGGAUGCCCUCACCCAGGCCUACUCAGGAAUUCAGCAGUACGCUGCCGCUGCGCUGCCCACGCUCUACAGCCAGAGCUUAUUACAACAGCAGAGUGCCGCGGGCAGCCAAAAAGAAGGUCCAGAAGGGGCAAACCUCUUUAUUUAUCACCUUCCACAGGAGUUUGGAGACCAGGACAUUCUGCAAAUGUUCAUGCCUUUUGGAAAUGUUAUCUCUGCUAAAGUCUUCAUUGACAAACAGACCAAUCUGAGCAAGUGCUUUGGUUUUGUUAGCUAUGACAAUCCUGUCUCUGCACAAGCUGCUAUCCAAGCUAUGAACGGCUUUCAGAUUGGCAUGAAACGCUUGAAGGUCCAGCUGAAGCGUUCCAAAAAUGACAGCAAACCUUACUGAUCUUAACCCCAGAAGCUCACUGCUCUUAUUUUAGCUUUCUUAGGACAUCUUCAUGCCCGUUAGUUCAUCGUUUGCCUAGCAUGUCCCUGUGGCGUCUCAAAAAAAAAAAAAGUUUCAUCGUCCCGUCAUUGUUUCUGAUGUCUUUCUGACCUCUCAUCAUAUUUGGUUCUCCUACUGACCUUUGAAAUUUGCAUGUGACCUCAUCUAGCUAUGAAUUCUGGGAAGUCAAUGUGAAAAACAUUGCUGCAUUCAUGCAAGACUGAAAUUUAUUAUUAGACAAAUUAAUUCUAGAAGAAAAAAAAAACCUGUGGCAAAAUGUUUCGUUCUUUCUUAAUUUUUUUUUUCUUUUAUUAAAAAAAAAAAAAAAAAAAGACUUGAAAGUAUUAUACAGGGAUUGGCAUUCUUCCCGGUCACUGGUAACAAUAGCAAUAUGUGUCCAGGGACACAGAAUGUUGGUUUCUAACAGACUACUUCCAAAAACAGUUUGAGAAAAAAAAACUGUCUGAUUUUAAGUCUCUAGAGGUCUGUAAUCGUUUUUACAUUUUUCAGGCAGUGUAAAGUUUUUUGAUAAGGCCAUUUUAGGUGGCUCACUUUCUCAUUAAGAUAUAUAUAUAUAGAACCACUUUUUGUAGAUUAGAAUAAGAAAAUAUUUACCCUGUUUUGGGGCAAAUGCUACCUAUUUGUGUCACCUUUUGCUGAACUGACUCACAGUUAGACAAUCCAUGGUUUAAUGCACAUGAAAUUACCUAUAUUUUAUACUGUUCCAAUGUACAGGAGAAAGGUUACUGUAAACUGUGUUACGUUGGUGCUUCUGUGAAUUAAGUUGUGGUUUCAUCAUGAGUCUUACGGUCUUAAGUGUUCUAUGUUGAUAAGACAAGUUUUAAAAUUUGGUUUACUUGAACAAAACAAAAAAAGAGUUUCGAAAAAAAAAAAUUGUUUGCUUAAAAAAAAUUUCAUGUGAGGAAAAAAAAAAAAAACUAUUCCAGAAUAAGUUUUGUGUUGGCUUGUGAAGCAUUGAUGUCAUUUUUUUAUUGUGGACAAUUUAGGUGUGUUUGUGUUCAGCAAAAUGUGAUCUGUUUUUUUUUUUUCUUUUAAAGAAAAAAAAAAAAAAACAGUGAAACUAUAUAGUGCCAAAUUCCAAAGGUACUUCCUUCCUAGAGCUUCAGUGUGUUUCUUGUGAGAAGUAAUUUGAUAACAUGGGUAUUUUAUUAUGUGUUUUGUAUAAAUCCCUAAUAUUAAAAAAAAAAAAAGAGGUUAAAAAGUUUGUUAACUUGCUAUCCUGUGGUCUUGUUGCCUGAAAUUGUUAUUGUUUGUUAUUUCUCUUUGAUGUUUUUUGUAAGACAUUGUAUAAGUGCCCAUGUCUCACUUUUUUAACCACUCUGCACAUCAAUGCUGUGAAGGCAAACCUCACAAUGUAUUUUCUUCAUAAUAUUAUGGAAACCUCUAAGGUGAGAAAGUUUUGAACUUUUAACCCUUUCUACCCAGAGCUGUCUGGAAUGUUGGUAUCUUUGAUACAUCCACCAUUUUAUUGUUGGGUUUGUUUGGGGGUGUUUCUGUUGGGUCAGUUCUUCCUCCUGCCAUUUCCCCCUCCUUCCAUAUACCUGAUUUUUUGGCGGGGAUUUUGAUUUGAUUUUUUUGUUUGUUUGUUUGUUUUUUAAACAUGGUUGAAAUCUACAAGAAGGAAAAAAAAAUCCACAGGGCAGAUCUGAAGGGUAAAACCAAUAGUAUUUUACCAUUCUCCAAAAUUCCCCUUCCCUUCAUUUUUUUCCUUUCACUUUUAAAGGACUUAAAAAAAAAAUCUUCUCAGAGAGCUCUACAUGUGCUGCUGUAAUUUGUUGUUCAGUAUUAAAUAAUAACAGUUUCUUACUGAUUCUCUCCUCCCCUCAACCCAUUCCCUCAACAAAAUGGUGAAUUUUAGCACCUGAUGAUAUAAUUUUUUUUCCAAUUUGUUUUUGAACUCAAGUGUGGUGGUGCAUUGUGGCCGAGAACUUUUUAAUGUGCACUGCAAUUUAAACUACUUUUUAAACAAAAAUUUCCUGGUUAACGUUUACAAUCGGCCAUUGUGCUGGGGAUUGUAUGAGCCCUCUGGGUAUGGCCUAUAAGUGCAGAGUACCCAGAAUUUGAAACUGGUAGCCCUUUCACUGCCUUUCUGACGUUAGUUUGUUGGACUAAGUGCAUCUGAGGAGACUGUACAAGCAGAACUCACUUCUCAUUACUGACACACACAGAAAAAAAAAAAAAAUGCCAACCAAAUACCCAUCAGCAUUAAUUACCUGCUGCCGUUUUUCUAAAGUGCCAUAUUUCUUUUUAUAAAAUCAAACACAGACAUCAUAAGGUCUUGACAAGACUGAAGGCCGUAACAACCACCAAAUGCAAAGCCCUUUCAGAAAAACAUAAAACAGGUCAUUGGUAUCUUCUCUGUGGCUGGGUACAAUGCUGAUGACCUUCCUUUCUCUCCUCUGACUCACUCGCCCCUUUCAGUUUAUAAUGUGUAUGGAUUGUGAUAGCCCUGAGGUGGAAAGGACUAGCCUCUCAUGAUGCAAAAAAAAAGAAAAAAAAAAGAAAAAAAGAAAAAAAAAGAAAAAAAAAGUUUCCUUCUUAUAGCACAUGCACUUACAAUGAAAUGAUUUUUAUUAUCCUCACACGUGUUUACUACUGCUGGGGCCUUCCUUCAUCCUUUGAGGGCUAUUUGUACUUCCUGCAGCAAUCUGCUUAAUAACAAAACAGAUCGCACAUAUGUCUCUCAUAUAUAUCUAUAUACAGGGUGUGUGUAUAUACAUAUAUAAACACAAGAGAACUUCAUUUGAAUCUUAGACUGUUUCACUCAGAAUCUUCUCAUUUGUCAACCACAUAAAUUUCCAAAGGUUUUUUUUCCCCAAUUUCUUCAGCAAAAGUUACUCUCCCUGUCCCCUUUUAGCCCUUUCCCCACCUUCCUCUCGCCCAGAGUGGACCGAGCACUAUUUAGGAGAAAGCUGAGGGUGAGCAUUUUUAGUUGAGCAUUUAUUUUGCAGGCAACCAAGAUAUGGUAGGUUUGAUGGAAAUGUCUGUCCUCUUCCCCCCCCUUUUAUUUGUAUGUGUCGUCUCUGUUAAGCAACUUAUCCCUCCUUAGUGAGCAAUCGUCCUCCGGUUUACUUUGACUCAGAAUAUCAAAAGGAAAAGCUGCAAGGGUGCAAAGGGCCUAUGCCAGAAGGAAUAACAAAACAAAACAGGGAAAUUGCUUUUUUAAAAAAUAAAAAUAAAAAAUUAAAUGUAGAGAAUAGUAGUUUUUAAAUUAAAUUAGAGACUUGCAAUGAAAUGGCAAUCCUCAAAGGCAUAAAUAAGUUCAUCUUUCUUUCACCAUAGGGGUUAUAGUUCUUUGGCUUGUGCUACUCUGGAACCAUUUUACUGUUUCUGUUUUUAUUAUCUUAAGUGCUAAUUAACAACAAGAAGAAAAAAAAUUGUAGUUUCAUUACCUUUUUGGAUAAUGUCAUACAAAAAAAAAAUGUAUUUGUGUUUUUUUUGUGCUGUGAAAAAUUGUUGUUUGUAGAUUAAUAAUAUGAUCAUUUUGUUUAGAAUUACAAAAUAGUUUUUUAAGUAUUGUCUGAGAAAAGCCAAAGUUAAUGCAACCUAGUGGAAACUGUAAGACCAUUUGAGUAUUGUUUCUGUUUUAUUGAUGCAUUUGGAUUUUGUUGUUCGAUGGAAUUUGAGCCAAAAAAAAAAAAAAAUGCAGGCUUUCCUAUUUCUACAACUGAUUGUACUUAUGCAUUUUGUACCAGUGGAACUUUUUAUACUGGAGAUUAAAAAAAAAAAAAAAGGAAACUUUUGUGGCUUACUCUAGUGGGCCCCCUGA